GAGUUUGAUUUCUGACAGCUCCGAGUUGUUCGGUCAAACCAGGAAGCUGGGCGACUGAGUGCAUAAACACGGCUAACGUGCUGCGACAUGAAGUUGUGUAAAAAGCGCCCAAGAUUUUCGCUGCUGGCACCAUUGAAACCGACGUUUGGCAUUGGCAGGAGUAACCAAAGGUUUGGCCCGGCCAUGUACAUUGACCCUGUGGAGCUCCCGACGGACAGUUUUGGUGGAAACAGGAGAGUUGAGUGCCCAGCUCUUCCUCGUGAUGCUAUUCAGGAAAUUCUUCAUAACCUGCCUGGCCACCAGGUGAUUCUUGUGUGCCGCCUGGUGUGUACUGAGUGGAAGUCGGUGGUGGACAGCACUGCAUUUUGGAGAGAGCGAUGCCGUAGGGAAGGAUUCAAGCCUCUCGAUAUCCACAAAGUCCCAAGAGAUUGUCAGGCGUAUUAUUUUCUAUGUAAGAAGCGACGGAAUCUGUUGAAGAAUCCCAACGCAGAAGAUGAGCAAAAAACAAUAAUGAUUAGACAGUUGUUUCCUAAACACAUGUCACUGUAUGCUCCACGGUGGGACUGUGGCAGUGUAUAUGAACUUCAUGUCGAGUUACUCAAUCGCAAGAAGAAGACUGUCCAGUUCUUUCAACCAAAGCGAGUGAAAUUUCCACAAUGGAAUGAUCAGCAGUUGGAACAGAAGACUUAUACCUUUAAGGACUACGGACCUGGUGUUCGAUUUAUCCGUUUUAAACACAGAGGGAAGGACACACAGUUCUGGGCUGGACAUUAUGGAAUAAGGGUUACUCACAGUAGUGUUGAAAUCUGCCCAUCAGCCUAAAAUAGCCAUUAUAAUAUACAUAUAGGUAAUGGAAGAGCAUAUUUUCAAAUCUUAAAAUAUGUCCAAUUAUCCAUUAUAAUAAUUAGUUGAUUCUUACAUUUAAUUCUAAUUGUUUUUUCUGACAUCUCCACUGACAUACAGCAAAUGUUGAUACGUGCAUCAUAUUAAAACAUUCAGACCUCUUAUUGGUGCCUUUAACCAAACUUUCUUCCUUUACUUUUAAAAGAAAAGUGUUUCAUUUUUGCUUAAUAAAUAUAUAUUUCCCUCAUUUCUGGUCCACUUAGUGUGUGUGUGUGUGUGUGUGUGUGUGUGUAAUAUAAGACUCAGCACCAUAUUACUGAAUGUAAACAAAGUUCCGACUUCCGAGUAAAUGCAUAAACACGGCUAACGUGCUGCAAAAUAAAGUUAUGUAAAAAAAGAAAAAAGCGGUGUUAGUUUUUAUUUUUGUUCAUAAUUCAUUUUAGUGAUAAAUAUUAGCAAUAGAUUAGGAACUGGUGCGAAAAAACCGGUAUUAGUUCCCCGUCUCCUUGAUGUGGGCGGUAGUCGAUAAACGAACGCGGGAAUCGACUGAAUAAAAUAAAUCUAUUCAUCUAGGAUUAACUCCGAUGUCAGUACAUUACAGUAUAUAUGCAUUUUACAGUUAUUUCUGUUGCAGGAUAUUUAGAAAUCCAGGUGUUUUUUAAUCUUAGAAACCGCGGUGAAAUUAG